GAGACCACUGAAGAGAGAUUAAUGUCCAGUACCUUCUUGAUGCGAAUGGCGCGGACGGCUUCGCGGUCGGAAGUAUUAGAGGUGGAGGAAGAAGAGCAACGGUUUCUAGUUGUGGAACCCGCGCCGGAGGUGGUUGUGGGGCAGUGGACGACAAAAGCAGAAUAUAUCCGUUCACCGGUAGAGAAGGGAGAGGAGGAAGAAUGGAAGCGGCGACUGAAGGGCCUCGCCGAUAGUGGGUUCAGUCCCGUUUGGAGAAAGAUCCUCGACCCAGCAGCUGCUGCCUCCGAGUUUACAAGCGAUGGUGCGUUCACCGCUGGUCAUGUACAUCAGCAUGCAAUAUCUUUUGCACGUCGGAAAUUCCUCUUAUUCGUUGUAGCAGCCGCCGUGAACGCGGAGAUCAUCAGUAUCACGAACGCCACUGAGCUUCUUUAAUCCAUUAUUCUUCCACCUGAAUGCUGAGUUCCUCUGUUCAGACUGGAUCGCCAUGCACAAAUGAAAAAGUUCUGAAUUU